AUGGACGCCGCGGCCCUCCUCAAAUCACAAGGGUGGCGGGGCACCGGUUUCUCCCUGCACCCGACCAACGACGCCAUCGGCCUCGCCAAGCCACUCCUCAUCUCGCGCAACACGGACGGGCGCGGCAUCGGGCAGAAAAAACACUACACGAGCGACCAGUGGUGGCUGCAGGCGUUCGACCAGAAGCUCAAGGGCCUCGACACCACCUCCAAAAAGGGCAGCGUCGUGCAGUCGGUCACGCAGGGCAAGCUCGACGUCAUCGCCGCCAGCCAGCCCAACGGCAAAUACACGGGCGCGAGCGGGCUGUAUGCCUCAUUCGUGCGAGGCGGGUUGCUGGAUGGGACGAAGCAGGAGGAGGAAGAGGAGGAUGGGAUAAGAACUGCGGAGUCGACCGACGCGACGCCCGCGACCUCGUCGUCUGAUGAUAGUGAAGGAGUGGCGGGGUCUGCCUCGGGGAAGAAGCGGGGGAAACGGGACGGGUCCGAGUCUAAGCUGGAGAGACGGGCGCGGCGGGCGGCGAGGAGUUUGCGCAAGGCGGAUAAGGCGGCACGGAAGGCGGCCGCGGCUAGGGCUGCGCAGAAAGCGGUGGAGAAAGCGGCGAAGAAGGAGCUGAAGAGGGCGAGGAAGGCGGGCGAGACAAAAGAGGAGAGGCGUGCUAGGAGGGCGGAAAGGAGGGAACGGAAGGAGGCUAAGAGGAGGAGGCGGGAGGGAGCUACACAAAAGUCUGAUCAGGGAUGA